AUCCACACCAAAUCUCGUCACUUCUAUUCAUUUCCGAAAAGCCUUAAAACCCUCAUGUUUAAGAUGGAAUAUGAACCAACCCCUACAUCUUCUCCAGUAUCACUUUCUCCGAAUUCUUCGAUUUCACUGUCAUCGUCUCCUCCUCCUCCUCCUCCUCCUCAGGUUGUUAUCAGCCCCUGCGCCGCUUGCAAGAUUUUGAGGAGAAGGUGUGCUGAUAAAUGUGUGUUGGCACCUUAUUUUCCUCCCACUGAACCAGCCAAAUUCACCAUUGCUCAUCGUGUGUUCGGUGCUAGCAACAUUAUCAAGUUACUGCAGGAACUUCCCGAGUCUCAGAGGACCGACGCGGUAAGCAGCAUGGUAUAUGAGGCGAAUGCGAGGAUCCGAGAUACGGUUUACGGUAGCGCGGGGGCGAUUUGCCAACUGCAGAAGCAAAUCAACGAGCUCCAAGCACAACUAGCCAAAGCUCAAGCAGAAGUAACCAACAUGCAAUUGCAACAAGCAAACCUCGCCGCUAUGCUCUGCAUGGAGAUGGCGCAAUCGGCGUCUCCUCAACCAAGUUCCCUGCAAUCUAUGGAUAUUUUGAUCACCAGCACCAACCCCACCCUUAUGGAAGACAACAACAACUUUGGGUCACUAUGGGAACCACUUUGGGCGUAACUUGCUGCUUAAAAUACUAAUCUCCCAUGAAAACUCUCCUAAGGGGAAGUUGAAGGAUUAAUAAGUUUAACUUAGUAUUAGGGUUAAAUAUAAUUAUGGGGAAA